UUUGCUCAGAACGGAUCGCGCGAAGGAAACCAUAAGAAGUUAAGAAAAUGUUUGCUUUCAAAGUAUUUCUGCUGUUAGUUCUAGUUGUGAGUGAUAGUCUGAUUCGUAGUGCGCCUGUCGAGCGCAGGCUGGAAGAUGUGUUGAUAUUCGAUAGUGAUCCCGAUCCGCCGCCCGGUGCUAGUGCGAGGGAAGUUUCGGAUCCGACGAAAAGAUUCAAUAUUCCCAAUGUCAGUGAAGGGGAUGCUGAGGUACUACUUGGUGAGCUUGGUUAUAACGAAACCGUCAGUGAGAAUGAGUUUGGAGUCUCAUCAAGGUUCAGUUUUGGAAGUGGCCUCUCGUUCGAGGACAUGAUUCGAAACUAUCAGCAAGAUGUCGGUUUGGAUGUGACGGGAAAAUUGGACGACGAAACGAAAAUAGUCAUUGGUUCGCCUCACUGUGGAACGCGAAACCUUGAGAAACGAGGAGACACGGCUAAAUGGACGAAAAGGCUGAUAAGUUACAGGAUUCGAGACUACCCGGCGGGAGCGUCUCCGGAGUUCGUUAAAUCUAUGAUCAAACGAGCUUUCAACGAGUGGAGUAAGGUGACGAAUCUGGACUUUGCCGAAAGGAAUGAUCCCGGAGUGGAUAUCGAAGUAAACUUUGGUGGCACGUCUCAUUCAAGACGAGGAGGCCGUUGUUCCUUCGAUAAUCCUUCCACAUUGGCUCAUGCUUACUUUCCGGAGGAUGGUGACGUGCACUUCAAUGAGAAGUAUUUCUUCGCGAGCUCCGAUUAUAGGGAUGAUUUCCUGGAUACUGCCAUGCACGAGAUCGGCCAUUCUCUGGGGCUAGAGCAUUCCAAUACGAAAGGUGUGCUGAUGCACCCCACUGACUCGAACCAACACACAGAGCCACAGGCAGAAGAUGUUCGCAGGAUACAAAAACUGUACGGCACACGCAGAGGUGGACGAUCACUAGAUACUACUAGUUCUCCCAGGCUAUGCACCAUCACCAAAUAUGAUGCCAUCGUUGAUGAUAACAGCGGAAGGUGGUAUAUAUUCACCGGCAACUACUACUACGAUACAGAGGAAAGCAAUCCUACUGCAAAGCUGAUCUCGAGCAGAUGGCCUGGGCUAACCGGCCCCAUUGAUGCUGCUUUCCGGUACCCUGACGGAAGGACUUACUUCUUCAAAGGAAAACGAUUCUGGCGAUAUCGAGGCAGCCGGUUAGAAACCGGCUACCCGCGGCGUAUUUCCAAAGGCUUCCCAGGGUUGCCAAACAGUAUUGAUGCGGCGUUUGUAGAUUCGACGAAUCGAAUUUUCGCUCUGAAAGGUAGCACCUUCUGGGUGUAUGAUGCGGAUAAAGAUACAACGCCAUCCUUUAGUUUACGUAGUUUAGGUUUACCGAACAAUGUUGAUGCGGCCGUUGGAACGAGUAAAUCGUUUGUUGUUUUCAAAGGGAAAAAUCUAUAUAUGUUUAGCAAUGGGAAGUUUGUAAGUGUUGUGAAUAAAAUAAUGAAUUGUCCCUAGCAAAA